AUGGUCCAACCACGCAUGCUAUCAAGGGACGACGAGGGGACUUCCGGUGGCGAAGAGAAUGAAGUCCGUCGCGAGGAUCAGGAGAAGAUUAAUCGGUUUAGCCGAUUGCAUCAGCGGGAGACCGUUUUGGAGGAGCAGUUGAAGGGGAAGCAGAAGGACAAGGAGGAUCUAGAGGAAGUUUCUAUGGAAUUGGAAUUGGCUGAUGAAGACGAACUUGUGCCAUACAAAAUCGGCGACUCAUUCUUCCAGCUUCCACUCUCAGAGGCACAGUCUAUGCUUUCCACUUCAACCGAGCAAAUCGACACAGACGUCUCAAAGCUCGAGGAGUCAAUUGGUGAACUUCACGAGGAAUUGCAACAGCUUAAGGUUUCGCUGUAUGCCCGGUUCGGACGCAGUAUUAACCUGGAGACUUAA